UUCCACGAGCGACCCAUUUCCGAGCUGCACCAGAGCAUGAGGAUCUUAUGGAGGCCAUUUGGAUUCUCAAGAAUACUUUUCAAAGUGGAAAGCUGUAGAAUAUCUGAAUCAGAAUCACUGACUCCACUAGCUUGGACAUCACAGAUACAGAAGCUUAGCAGAGCACCUGGUAUUUUCUUGUUGGAUCAAAGAAAAAGAUUCUCAACCAUGCCUGAAAUAGAAUCAGACCAGAGAGACUCUGAAUUGUUUUCACCACCCUCUAAUGUUCGAGGAAUGACAAAACUUGAUAGAACAGCUUUUAAAAAGACAGUAACCAUCCCAGUGCUUAAAGUAAGGAAAGAAAUAGUCAAUAAAUUGAUGCGAUCCCUUAAAAGGGCAGCACUGCAGCGCCCAGGCAUAAAACGUGUGAUUGAAGAUCCAGAAGAUGAAGAAAGUAGACUAAUUAUGUUGGAUCCCUAUAAAAUAUUUACUGAUGAUUCCUUUGAAAGAGCAGAACUCAGUAUUUUAAGGCAGCUUAAUGUCAAUCCACAGAUAUCUAAAUAUAAUUUGGAACUAACUUAUGAAAACUUUAAGUCAGAAGAAAUCUUGAAAGCUGUGCUUCCUGAAGGUCAAGAUGUGACUUCAGGUUUUAGCAGAGUUGGACAUAUUGCCCACCUGAACCUUCGAGAUCAUCAACUACCUUUCAAGCAUUUAAUUGGCCAAGUUAUGAUUGACAAAAAUCCAGGAAUCACCUCAGCAGUAAAUAAAAUCAAUAAUAUUGAUAAUACAUACCGAAAUUUCCAAAUGGAAGUACUAUCUGGAGAGAAGAACAUGAUGACCAAGGUUCGAGAAAACAGCUACACCUAUGAAUUUGAUUUUUCGAAAGUCUAUUGGAAUCCUCGCCUCUCUACAGAACACAGUCGUAUCACAGAACUUCUCAAACCUGGGGAUAUACUAUUUGAUGUUUUCGCUGGGGUUGGGCCUUUUGCCGUUCCAGUAGCAAAGAAAAACUGCACUGUAUUUGCUAACGAUCUCAAUCCUGAAUCCCAUAAGUGGCUGUUGCACAAUUGUAAAUUAAAUAAAGUGGACCAAAAGGUGAAAGUCUUUAACUUGGAUGGGAAAGACUUCCUUCAAGGACCAGUCAGAAAAGAGUUAAUGCAGCAGCCAGGACCACUGUCAAAAGAAAGAAAACACUCUGUGCACAUUGUCAUGAACUUGCCAGCAAAGGCUAUCGAGUUUCUCGGUGUUUUCAAAUCGCUUUUGGAUGGGCCACCAUGCAGCAUUGAGCUCCUUCCCAUAGUGCACUGUUACAGCUUUUCCAAAGAUCCUAAUCCUGCUAAGGAUGUUCAGCAACGAGCUGGGGCUGUGUUAGGCAUUUCCUUGGAGGCAUGCAGUUCAAUUCACCCAGUAAGAAAUGUAGCCCCUAACAAGGAAAUGUUAUGUAUCACCUUCCAGAUUCCUGCUGCUGUACUCUACAAGAACCAGACCCUAAAUCUAGAGAAUCAUGAUGAUCCACCUCUUAAACGCCAGAGGACAGAUAAAUAAAGUCUUUUCAGAAGAAAAAACUCAAAUUUCCUCAGUCACUUAAUUGGAAACGUUUUCUCCCUCUCCCCACUAGACCUUUACAUAAUGAAAUAUAAUUUGUAUGACUUCAUAAAAUUUUAGCAGUUAACUUUAGUAUUGAACACUUCUAUUUUACCCUUGUUGUCUUAUAAGUUGAAGAUUAUCAAAUUAAAAUUUAAAUGACAUAAGUCUACUAAGUAUAGUUUAUCUGUUAUAAUCUUACAAUCUAAAUUAUAUCUAAUUCUUCAUUAAAUAUAUUUAAAUAUUGACUGUCUCCCGGGAAAAUAGUUUUUGAAGGUGGGAUAAUUGCUUGCUAAGAAAGUACUAAUACCACUUUGCAGUGAUCCUCAGUGCCUAAAUUUUAUGUAAGUACCCCUAACUUAUCACUGUAUAAGUAAUAAAAAUGAAAUUAUUUAGAUCAGGGAUGGCAAACUAUGCCUGGCAGGCCAGAUCUAGCCUACCACCUGUUUUUGUAUGGCAGAUGACUGGAGAAUGGUUCUUAUACUAAUGAUUGAAAAAAUUAAAUCUUGUGACAUGAGAAUUAUAUGAAAUUUGAAUUUCAGUGUCCAUAAAUACAGUUCUUUUGGAAC